AUGACUCCUGGUCCUCUGGAAGGCCUUGAAGAGCCUGAGGCCUCUGACGCCAUGGCCGCGCAGGACUCGAGCCAGCUUGCGGAUUCCGCCUUGGACGAACUACACACUGCCAACGAUGCCGUUCCAAAAACUCGAGAAUCUAAAGGCCCAGAAGCCCCUCAGGAGGCUUUCACAUCUACAGGAUCCGAGACUUUCCAGAUUGUCCCCCCAAUUGUCCCAAAUCCGAAUGAUUACGAGUACCUCCCAGGUCAUUUCGCAGCGCGCCGAAUCUUAGAGAUCGACUCAUCGAACGCUGAGAGGCCUCUUUAUACUGUGCGUCUCCAAAGCGGAGAGUGUGAAACUAUGACCUACAAUCGAUUCAUGAAUUUAGAAAACAGCACCAAGGCUCUAGACCAAUACAACCAAGACUCUGACUCGGAUGAUGAUAUCAUGUUGAUUGGCCGAAGACCUGUUUCUUACAAACUUUUCCAUGCCGGUGAUGGACCGGCAUCCGACGAUACGUACUCUGACAAUCGAACUCGGCGCAAACUCAGCCGUUCAGCUACUCGUGGACGAUACUCGGAGUUUUUCCAAACCGAACCAAGCUCGACAGCCCGAGAAGAAAGCUCCGCUGAUGAGAUUAUCGAUGCUCUGCCUCACACCAGAAAUCUGAGACAAGGCGCCAGACGGGCCGGAAAGCGAGGACUCAGGCAAAGGCCAAGACAAAGCCUUCGAUCAUCCCGUUCUUCGUCCUCGGACGAUUAUUAUGCUACGGUCAAACCUACACGAGUAUCGGCGCGUGAUAGAAAAUCUCUCCGACAGAAUUUACGGGAACGUCACGAGGACGAUGUUUCGGAACUUGCAAGUGACGCCCCUAAGGAGCAAAGAUACACUGGAGCCAGAGAGAUUUUUCAAAUCAUCUCGCACGACGACGUGUUCCGGCAACGCCACUUUGCUUGCUGCGAUACUUGCAGUUACUACGAAGAUGAUUCGGUAAAGGGGCCCUUAGUCUUUUGCCAAGGCUGCAGCACAUCAUACCAUCAAACUUGCCUUGGCCCGCGGCACAGUCGAGAACACCUUGUGACAAAGAUCGGUGAUGGUCACUUCAUUCUACAGUGCCGCCGCUGUCUUGGCAUUUCUCACCAAAAACAUGACAUCUCUCCACAUUUGGGCAAAUGCGCGAAUUGCCAUGAGCUGGGUCCUAUGUCGCAGCCUUUGCGACAGCGUCUCACCGCCAAGGAGGAGCAGCAGCAGCGUGUCGCUAAUGAUGGUGUGGACCCCGUCACCCUAGUUGAUAUGACUCGUGUGAACAACAUCGACAAUCUCCUGUUCAGAUGCACCGGUUGCCAUCGGGGCUUCCACGUGGAAUGUCUUAAGCCGAUGGCAGAUAUCGAUAAAUUUGAUAACUUCCCGGAUUACAGUGUCCACUGGCAAUGCCAGGACUGCUCCAAUGCGCCGGGUGAAAUUCAGGAGAUUCUUGCCUGGCGUCUUCUCGAACGCGAAUCUAUGGGAUCGAAUAUUCCCCACUCUGAGAUUGUCCCGGAAGUUAAGAAAGAGUAUCUAAUCAAGUGGAAACGCAAAUCUUACUUCCGGGUCGCUUGGAAGCGAGGGGACUGGGUCUAUUGCGUUAGUAAUCCUACUACGCGUCGAUCCUUUUUUAUGUCAGACAGCGCUCGAAAGCCAACUUGGACAACAGAAGAUGCAGUUUCUGAGGACAAAUUGCGGGUUGACAUUGUCUUUGAGGUGGCAUACCGGGAAGAUAUCGCCGAGAAAGACAAGUCUAACCCUGAGACGGUCAAAGAGGCCUAUGUCAAAUACAAAGGCCUUAAUUACGAGGAUACAGUAUGGGAGAAGCCACCCGAUCCAAACGAAGCAAUCGACAAAGAUCGAUGGAAGGACUUCUCGACUGCUUUCAAUGACUGGCUGGUCCGAGGCGAUAUUUCAAUUCCAGACCAAAACAAACUCAAUGAAAGGUUGGCCCUGAUUCGGACCCAGGACUUCGAGCAAGAUCUGGUGAUGCACACCCAAUCCGAUUUGAUCUCUGGUGGUGACCUCAUGGCAUAUCAACUGGACGGUGUGAACUGGCUUUACUACAUGUUUGUCAAGCAGCAGAAUGCCAUUCUGGCGGAUGACAUGGGCCUUGGAAAGACCAUACAGGUCAUCGGUCUGCUCACGGUCCUCAUUCAAAAACACUCAUGCUGGCCUUUUUUGGUAGUAUGUCCAAAUUCGACCGUUCCAAAUUGGCGACGUGAGAUCAAGAACUGGGCACCAAGCCUUCAAGUCGUCACUUAUUUCGGCUCUCGAUAUUCGCGCCAGAUGGCCAGAGAUUACGAAAUGUUCCCACAGGGCGGAAAAAAUCUCCAUUGCCAUGUUGUAAUUGCUUCAUACGAAAGCAUGAUCGAUGAUGACACAACAAAGGUUCUUAACAAGGUUCCAUGGGUAGGAUUGGUGGUGGAUGAGGGACAACGUCUGAAAAAUGACAGAUCUCAGCUCUACGAAAAGCUCUGUCGCAUGAAGUUUGGGUUUAAAGUCCUUCUCACGGGAACUCCUCUCCAGAAUAACAUUCGGGAGCUUUUCAAUCUACUCCAGUUUCUUGAUCGAGACAAAAAUGCAGAAGAAUUGGAAGAGGAAUACAGAUCCCUUAAUUCAGAGAAGAUCCGGGCCCUUCAUGAAAUGAUCCGCCCGUUCUUCCUUCGUCGCACCAAAGCCGAGGUUCUGCCUUUCUUGCCUCCAAUGGUACAGAUCAUCGUUCCCGUCUCAAUGUCUCUGGUGCAGAAGAAACUGUACAAAUCAAUUCUUGGAAAAAAUCCUCAAUUGAUCAGAGCCAUCAUCAAGAAACAGACCGGCCAAAUUAGAAAGCAGGAUCGGCACAAUUUGAACAACAUCUUGAUGCAACUCCGGAAAUGCCUCUGCCAUCCUUUUAUUUACAACCGGGCCAUCGAGGAGUACACCAGUGAUUCCGACAAGGCACAAAGGCACUUGGUGGAGGCCUCUGGGAAGCUUCGAUUGCUCAACCUGAUGCUGCCAAGGUUGCAGGAGCGCGGACAUCGGGUUUUGAUUUUCAGCCAGUUUUUGGAAAACCUUGAUGUGAUGGAAGACUUCCUCCACGGCCUGGGCCUAAACUACGGCCGGCUAGAUGGCAGGCUAUCCGCUAAAGACAAACAGCAACAAAUCGAUCAAUUCAAUCAGCCCAAUUCUCCGAUGUUUGCCUUCCUACUAUCAACUCGAUCGGGCGGAGUGGGAAUCAAUCUUGCUACCGCCGACACAGUCAUCAUCAUGGACCCUGAUUUCAACCCCAAGCAGGAUAUGCAAGCCUUGUCGCGAGCCCAUCGAAUUGGCCAGCAAAAACCUGUCCUUGUUUUCCACUUGACAACUCGUGCUUCGGUGGAGGAGAAAAUUAUGUUGAAGGGCAAGAAGAAGCUGGCGCUCGAUCAUGUGCUUAUCGAUCGCAUGGAGGCCGAUGAGGAUGAAGAGAAUCUAGAGUCAAUACUUCAACACGGUGCAGCAUCUCUGUUUGAUGAUGAUGAUUCGGGUGAUAUCCACUACGAUUUGCCGUCCAUUGAUAGAUUGCUGGACCGCAGUCAAGCUGAGAAAGCAGAGCAAAGUGCCACCGAUGAUUCUGGCCAAACGGACCAGCCGAAGUUUAAUUUUGCACGCGUCUGGCAGAAUGAUCGAGGCACCUUGGAAGAGGUCGCCGAGGAGACCGAAGAGAUCACAGCUGCCGAUGUCACUGCCUGGGAAGAAAUUCUUCGCGAGCGUGAGCGCGAUGCCAAUGAAGAGGCAUCUUCGAACAUGGAAGGUCUGGGCCGCGGUAAGCGCAAGCGAGCCACGAUCAACUACCAGAAUACCCGAGAGGAAGAAGCCGGAGAUCACGAGAUCCCCGAGUCCUCGCCUGUCAAGCGGCGGGGCAAAUCACGCAGUAACGAUGACAGUGAUGCCGAGUUCCAAGAGGGUGGAUCGGAAAGCGACUCGGCGGACGACGAGGAUGCAGGCGCAGAUCCCAUGGAUUUGGGCCUGGAUAGCGGGAUGCCUCCGAGGCCGAAAGCUCGUCCCUUCGAGCGCGUGCAGGUGCCGCCACAUGCGAUGCCGUCUCAUUUCGAUGGCGCUAUGGAUCCCCAGUCUUACAUGCAGACCGGUCCGAAAUGCCUUGCAUGCGGCGAGCCUCAUUAUCCAGGCCUUUGUCCACUAAAGCGGGCGGGUGUUGAACACUGUCCCCUUUGCGGCUUGGCACACUUUGGAAAGCGCCGCGCCUGUCCGCAUUUACGAUCGCCAAUUCAAAUUCAACGCAUGCUGGGGGCGCUUUCACAGAGCAAAGAAGACCCAAAGCUUGUCGCCAUGGCUACAAAGUACCUGAGAGUUAUCCUCACAAGCGAUGCACAGCGCCAGAGGUUGAAGGCAGCAAUGGCUGCGGGUGCUGUUCAUCAACCCGAGUCUACUCAGGGAGCUACAGCAUCUACUCUACAUGCUCCUCCUACAAGUACCUCUGUAUCCGCGCGGGUUCCUCAACGGGGUCUUCCUCCCGCCGCGCAACAUCUCGGGGGCGAAUCAGCUCAUUAUGACGUUACUGGCCAUGAUUCUUCCAUUGUUGUCUCGAACAACACCAAGCCCAAGCCCUCUCCUGUUCGGACUUCCACGGGCCCUGUCACGAAGCAGCUCCCUCUCCAGUAG